AUGUUCAAGGCUUGGUUUCUGCUGGUCUACAUCAGAAGUGUUGCGGCUUGGAAUUACAAGGAGCAGGAGAAAUGGAGUGAAAAACAUCCUACCUGUGGCUCAGUGCAACGGCAGUCACCCAUUGCCUUUAAUACAAAUGAGGCCUUUCUCAAAAUAACGUCAACCAUUAAAUAUUCCAACUAUGCCGACCCCCACAAUGCCAGAAUCAGCAACAAUGGUCAUGGGAUUGAUAUUCGCCUACUUGGAUCAGGAGUUAAACCCACAAUUUCUGGUGGUCCCCUGCCAGAAGGUGACACCUAUCAAUUCGAUAAUGUUCACAUUCAUUGGGGACUCACCGAUGACCUGGGUUCCGAACAUAGGGUAAACAAUAAACAUUUCUCAGCUGAGGUCCAUGCCGUCCAUUACAAUACAAAAUAUCCGAAUGCAACAGGGGCAUUUGGAUUCCCCGAUGGCAUUGCGGUGGUGACCACCUUCUAUCGCACGAAUUCUUCAAAGUUAUUUUUGGGCUUACAGAAUAUAAGCAUUGCUGCCCCACCUCUACCCAAAUCUUACUUUAAACUUGGAAAUUUCAAAUUGGCAGAUUUGUUUGGUGAUUUGGGGUAUCUUAAGAAAGGAUUUUAUACUUAUGUUGGAUCACUGACCACCCCACCCUGUGCUGAAGCUGUAACAUGGAUCAUUUACACCACCCCAAUUGAUGUAAGUCCAGAGCAGUUGAUGCCAUUCCGCUCGGUCUCUGAUGCCCAUGGAAAUGUGUUGGUAAACAACUGCCGUCAGUUGCAGAAGCUGAAUGGGCGAAAAGUAUAUUUUGUUCAGUAUUAGGACGAAAUAAUAUAUGAAUCAAAUUUAUUAAAAAUAA